GGACAUGGGUCCACAACGUACACAUGCUUCCAAGGGCCAGGACACCGCAUUCAUGAUAUUAUCUUACUCUGUUCUGUUCAAGAUUUACAAGCAAGGAAACGAGAAAGAGAAGAGAAGAAGAAAAUGGCGGCCGCCCUCUAUCUCUCUUCAAUUCCAAAACCCACGCAAACCCUCUCCUUCUCUUCUUCUCACUCCAAUUUUUUCAACGCCAAGACUCUGGUUGUGGCUCGGAGCCGGACCCGAAUCCGAACCCAGAAGCGUCUUACCUGUACCUGCUUGUUUGGUCUCGGCGUGCCGGAGCUUGUCGUCAUCGCCGGCGUCGCAGCACUCGUUUUCGGCCCCAAGAAGUUGCCGGAGGUCGGCCGCAGCAUUGGAAAGACUGUCAAAAGCUUUCAACAGGCAGCAAAGGAGUUUGAAACUGAGCUGAAAAAAGAACCUGCUUCCGUCACAGAGGCCCCAGUGGAGACACCUGCAACAUUAAGUGAAGAGAAGGAAAAGGAUGUGGAAGUCUCAAGCAAAAAGGAGAGUUUAUGAGGUUGUAGAACUAUAAUUUACUCUAUAUAUUUGGCCAUGGUUUUAGUGUUGUUUCUCAGGGGUUUGUACAACAUAAUAAUUGAGUUCUAGUCUAGAUCAAUUAUGUGAGAAAUUUUCCUUCAAACAACCUAGACCCACCAUGCUUCAUGGUUCAUUAACCCAUGAUUGUUUUAUGAAUUCCCUCAGCAGCUUCCCUAGAAA